CUGCAGCAGUGGAUCUGUCUGAUUCUUCAGGCUUCAGCAGGACGAGCAGCAGCUUCAGCGUCUCUUCUCCCUCCACAGGAAACCUGAGUAAAAACUCAUGAUGGCAGAGAGGAGGGCAGCGGCGAGGGCAGCGGCAGAGCCCGACUUCCUGCAGUUUAAUGACCUGGCCUGUGAGACGGUGGGAGGGAGGGUCAUCUUUGCUACAAAUGAAUGGUUCGCUCCUGCUGCAAACCUGCUGAAGAGAGAGCCACCACAGUUCAUCACCUCUGCCUUUACUGAGUUUGGAAAGUGGAUGGAUGGAUGGGAGACGAGGAGGAAGAGAAUACCUGGUCAUGACUGGUGCAUCAUCCAGCUGGGAGUACCAGGGCUGAUCUACGGCUUCGAUGUCGACACGUCUUUCUUCACAGGAAACCACUCGCCCUACGUCUCCAUCCAGGCCGGCUGUCUGGACGAACCUCCCACCUUCACCCUGGACGGGGACCGAACCGGCAUGGCCGCCUCUGACAGCCAGCUGGCUGCUGUCGCCAAGCUGGGCUCGGAGGUGUGGCCGGAGCUGGUGCCUGUGUCGGAGCUGCAGCCUGGAUACUCAGACUGCUGCCACAACUACUUCAAGGUCAACUUCACCCAUAGGGUCACACACCUGCGCCUCAACAUGUACCCAGAUGGAGGGAUAUCCAGACUGCGGGUGUACGGCGUCGGGCAGAGAGACUGGUCGUCUGUCUCCACCCGUCAGGAUGUCGACCUGGUGGCUCUGACCAAUGGCGGAGUCUGCCUUGGCUACAGCGACGCCCACUUUGGGCAUCCACGCAACAUGAUUGGCUUCGGUCGAGCUGCCAAUAUGGCUGAUGGAUGGGAAACAGCUCGCAGACUGGACAGACCCAAAGAACUGAAGGUGGACCAGAGGGGGAUCCUCCAGGUUCCUGGUUGGGAGUGGGCCGUGUUCCGUCUUGGUCAUCCUGGAGUGAUCAGCAGCAUCGAGGUUGACACCAACCACUUCAAAGGUAACUUCCCAGACUCCUGCAGGAUCGAGGCAUGUUCUCUGACCCCUAAGGAGGAGGCUCAGUGCAUCAGGACCAGGUGGGAGUCUGGGAAAUGGCAGGUCCUCCUCCCCCCUCAGAAGCUUCGUCCUCAUCACAGGCAUCUCUACAGCGAGGCCGAGCUGACCCUGACCCGACCUGUCAGUCACGUCCGUCUCAUCAUCGCCCCGGAUGGAGGCGUCAGCCGGCUGCGGCUCUGGGGUCGACCCACGCCGAUCACUGCAGCUCCGACCAAUCAGCAGACACCAGCCUCCAAACUCUGAACCUCCAAACUCACAUCACGGCUUGUGCUGCAAACACAGAGGACGUAAAGGUUUUUAAUACAGUGAAGAAAUAAAACACAAAGUCACA